UUUCCACCUGCAGACAAGAAGCCCAGCAGAGCCACAGAGCCUCGGGACUGACGCGUCUCAUCAACACAGGCAGCUGGAAGCACAAAUAUAUUUAUUUAUUUAUUUAUAAUAUAUUUACAGUAGUGUCCCAGCGAUGGUUUGCGGCGGAUUCAUCUGCACCAAGAACGCCCUCUGCGCUCUCAACAUACUUUAUGUUCUGGUGAGUCUGCUGCUGGUGGGAGUUGCAGCGUGGGGGAAGUGGUUCGACCUGGUCUCCAGCAUCAGGGUGGUGGCGGGCGUCAUCGGCGUGGGAAUCUUCCUGUUCCUCGUCGCCCUCGUGGGGCUGUGCGGCGCCUUGAAGCACCACCAGGUCCUGCUCUUCUUCUACAUAAUCAUCCUGUUCAUAGUGUUUGUCGUGCAGUUUUCUGUGUCCUGUGCUUGUCUGGCCCUCAACAAAGAGCAACAGAACCAUCUGCUAGAGGUCGGAUGGAACAAAUCUGAGGUCACUCAAAUGGACAUUGAGAAAACGCUGAACUGUUGUGGCUUCAAUUCUGUUCACAUCAACGGCACCUGUGCUGCUGCAUGCUUUCACAAAACCCCUUCGCAGACUUGUGACACCUGCUCGAACAUUAUCCAGCAGUAUGCCGGCGACGUGCUGCAGUUCGUGGGCGGCAUCGGACUCUUCUUCAGCUUUACAGAGAUCUUCGGAGUCUGGCUCGCCUACAGAUACAGAAAUAUCAAAGAUCCUCGAUCGAAUCCCGGAGCCUUUCUAUAACCACUCACACUUUAAUAAACAAAAAAAAGUGCACUGCUGAAUGAUAGUUUUCCCCUCUUAUCUUUGUAACUUUCGCUUAUAUAAUUUAAUGAUGUUAAGAUGCAACAGCAUUGUAUAGAUAGAUGCUAACAAAGGCUAACAUUAGCCACUGGUCCUACCAGAACGAAUAACGCUGCAACUACAAAUCUGAGUGUAUUGAACUGAGCAAAGCUGGGUUUUAUUGCAAAUAAUUUCAACUUUUUUGCUUGUUUUAUUUCGUCUUCCAAAAAUUAUAGUCUCACUUAAAUAUGAGCUGCUCAAUUUACUUUCCUUGAAAUCAUGCAAGUUUAGUAGCUGUGAAUAUUAAUUGCCUUUUUAAAGUUUACCACUUACAGAAAUAAACUUCUUGCUGAGAGUUAAAGCA